AUACAGAAUGCGGGUGUGAUAACAUGCGGAUGUCAACACGGCUGAAAGUUGCAGCAGCACCGGUGGAGAGUUGAUGUGGCACUCGCAGCGGGUUGCAGACAGACAGUAAACUUGAACCGGAUACCGACGUGAAAUUGUUUAGCAACCUGGUGUAAAGGACGUGAUCAGCAUGUUGCUGCAGAGACUGUCUCUGUGUUCCCGGCUCUCUGUGGGCCCAAAAACCCUCCACAGCUUCAAAAGAUCUGUUUCUCUCGGGAAAAAUCCCUCUACCUCUCCAUCUAUCAGAUGCCAUGCUGUGCGUCACUGGAGUAACGUGCCUUUUCUUACAGUGCCGCUGGCGCGUGCCCAUGGUAAGUCGUUCGCACACCGUGGUGAACUGCGACAGGCCAAACGGAUCGUGGUGAAGUUAGGCAGCGCUGUGGUAACUCGAGGCGAUGAAUGUGGCCUCGCGCUCGGGAGACUUGCCUCUAUUGUGGAACAGGUGGCAAUGCUUCAGAACCAAGGUAGAGAAAUGAUGAUUGUCACAAGUGGAGCUGUAGCAUUUGGGAAACAGAGACUGAGGCAUGAGAUUCUUCUCUCUCAGAGCGUCAGACAAGCCCUUCAUUCAGGACAGAAUCAACUUAAAGACAUGUCACUGCCUGUUCUGGAGGCAAGGGCGUGUGCUGCUGCAGGACAGAGUGGACUGAUGGCACUAUAUGAGGCCAUGUUCACUCAGUACAGCACGUGCACAGCGCAGAUCUUGGUCACAAACUUGGACUUCCAUGAUGACCAGAAGAGAAGAAAUCUGAACAGCACGCUGCACGAACUUCUGCGUAUGAACAUCGUGCCCAUCAUCAACACUAAUGAUGCAGUGGUGCCUCCCCCAGAGCCCAACAGUGAUCUGCAGGGGGUAAAUGUCAUCAGCAUCAAAGACAAUGACAGUUUAGCAGCACGGCUUGCAGUGGAGAUGAGAGCAGAUCUCCUCAUUGCUCUCUCUGAUGUACAAGGUCUUUAUGACAGCCCUCCUGGGUCUGAUGAUGCUAAAUUAAUCGAUACUUUCUACCCUGGAGACCAGCAAUCUAUAACAUAUGGCACCAAAUCCAGGGUUGGGAUCGGCGGAAUGGAAGCUAAGGUGAAAGCUGCUCUAUGGGCUCUUCAGGGGGGCACAUCUGUAGUCAUCGCUAAUGGCACUGACCCUAAAGUCACAGGCCAUGUCAUCACAGACAUUGUAGAGGGCAAGAAAUUGGGCACCUUCUUUUCUGAGGUCAAGCCUGCUGGGCCCACAGUGGAGCAGCAGACAGAAAUGGCUCGCAUUGCAGGGAGGACACUAGCAUCUCUUCUUCCAGAGCAGAGGAGUGAGAUCAUUUAUGCCAUGGCUGACCUUCUGACUGAGAAGAGAGAUGAAAUUCUGUCAGCUAAUAAGAAGGACAUGGAGCUUGCUGGAAACUCGGGGCGUAUGCCUCCUGCCUUGCUCAAGCGGCUGAGUUUGUCAACAGCUAAACUGAACAGUCUGGCUAUCGGCCUGCGUCAGAUUGCAGUGUCCUCUCAGGACAGUGUGGGAAAAGUACUGCGCAGAACCCGUGUGGCCAACAACCUAGAGCUGGAGCAGAUCACAGUGCCCAUUGGGGUACUACUAGUCAUCUUCGAAUCGCGUCCAGACUGCCUGCCUCAGGUGUCUGCAUUAGCUAUUGCUAGUGGGAAUGCUUUGCUGCUGAAGGGAGGAAAGGAGGCAGCUAACACCAACCAUGUCUUACAUGAGCUAGCGCAGGAGGCUCUGUCUAUACAUGGUAUCAGAGACGCCAUCCAAUUGGUAAGCACACGUGAGGAGGUGGAAGACUUGUGUCGGCUGGAGAAGAUGAUUGAUCUAAUCAUUCCCCGUGGUUCGUCUCAGCUGGUCAGAGAUAUUCAGCGGGCUGCUAAAGGCAUUCCUGUACUGGGUCACAGUGAGGGCAUCUGCCAUGUCUAUGUCGACCAUGAGGCCAGCAUAGACAAAGUCGUAAAAAUUGUCAGAGACUCGAAAUGCGAUUACCCUGCAGCCUGCAAUGCUAUGGAAACCCUGCUAGUUCACAGAGAUGUGCUUCGGACCCCGCUGUUUGAUCAGAUCAUUGACCUGCUGAGAACAGAACAGGUGAAGAUACACGCUGGCCCCAAGUUUGCAUCAUACCUGACCUUCAGCCCAUCUGAGGUGAAGUCGUUGCGUACAGAGUAUGGGGAUCUGGAGUGCUGCAUAGAGGUGGUAGACAGCAUGCACGAGGCAGUGGAUCACAUCCAUAAAUAUGGCAGCUCCCACACAGAUGUGAUUAUCACAGAGAAUGAGGAGACAGCAGAGCAGUUCCUGCAGUUGGUGGACAGUGCCUGUGUCUUCUGGAAUGCCAGUUCUCGGUUUGCUGAUGGAUAUCGCUUUGGUCUUGGUGCAGAGGUUGGUAUCAGCACUGCUCGUAUCCAUGCUCGUGGACCCGUAGGCCUGGAGGGGCUUCUUACCACCAAGUGGGUUCUGCGAGGAGAUGGCCAAACAGCUGCAGACUUUUCUGAGCAAGGCAGUAUGAAGUUUCUGCAUGAGAAUCUGCCUGUUGGACAGCCCCAAACUGUACAUAGAACCUCCAACUAGAGCCAGUCAAAAAUAAAUCCCUUUCAAGAUGCACAGCAUCCACUACUCAAAAGAAUCCUACAAGGAUACUGGGAAUUUAUAAUCUGAAAACAUAACAAGGAAUAGCAAGGAAUAAGAAGACUAAAAGUCAAUACUUUAAGAUUUGAACAGCUGGUGUAAUGCUCCAAUUCUGUUCAAUUUUCUUCUUCAGAAUUUACCAGUUGAUUUCAAAAUCUCAGAAGUUAUAUUAACUCUCCCCUGGAUGUUGUAGGUCACAUAUUGAAAGCAUUAAAAGCACAGAACUAUUUAGUCAUUGCUAGGCAACAUUUCCUCAAGCUACAGGUGGGUAACGAAUUAAAGGGAAAAAUAAAUGCCAUGCUUGUGCUGGCAAGUUCUUCUGACUGAUCACCUUUAUCCGGUGAUGAAACAUUUCUAUCUUUAUGGGAGUGGUCUGGAUGAGUAUGAAAAUGAUGUAAGUCAUAUGCUAUGAACUUCACUCAUCAAAUUUCAACCCAAUUAAACACUUGAGAGAUUUUGGACCAACAUGUUGGGCUGCGUGCUCAGCCACCACCAUCAAAACACUGACUGAGAUAUUAUCUUUUGGAAGAAUGGUGUUCAUCCCUCUAGUACAGUCUUGUACUAGACUUGCAGAAGUUUUGCCAAGGUACACUGAAACUGUUCUGGUGGCUUAUGUUGGCCUUAACACCUUAUUAAGAUCGUUAUUUUUUUCCUUUACUUUGUCACUUGUCUGUAUCUUGUGAGAUUUAGCCUUCUUGUUGAGACAUGCAGAUAUGUGGUUCCAUACAACAUUAGAGUUAUAAGACAAGUAUUAGGUGGAGCAAAAUUAAAACCUUAAGCUCCAAAUAGUGUUGUCUAUUAAAUCAUGCAUAGACUUAUAUGUAUCUGUGACCCUCUGAAUUUCAGGCUAAGCACAAUUACUGUAGAUCUUGUGCACAAUUCUGUAUCUUGGACUAUUUCCCCCCAUUUAUGGGAAGUUGUAAUGCUUUUGCUUUGUGCUGAAAUGCAAAAAUCAUUUUAUAUUGUAAAUCUAAAAACUGAACAAGUGCAUCACCUCCUUGAGUUACUGUCUCACAUUAGAAAGAUUGGACAAAGUCUAAAUGGUGUGGUCCUUUUGUACCAAUUGUAUAUUAUUUCAUAUGACAGUGGUUUUGUAUUAGUUUGGAGAUUUAUCAAAACUAUCCUUCUGGUUUUCACCAUCUUAUGGCUAAAUGGUUAAAAAUCACACUUUUUGAAAAUAAUAAUAAUAAUAAUAAUUAUUAUUAUUAUUAUUAUUAUUAUUAUUAUUAUUAUUUUAUUUUUUUUACUAUAAAAGUUACCAGUGAUCAGUGUAUUUUAAAACAAUAAACACUACAGACUCAAACUCAAAAAGGAAACUUAAAGACUUUGCGGUGACUGGCAUUUCCUGCUUACGGUGUUGCACUGUUAGCAAGUGUGUACACUGCUGAUGAGUUUAUCUUCUUUAUGUGAAAGGGCUGUAACCUUCCGAACUAGUGGCUUUUUGGUGUUUAUGUUAAGCAGUGAAAGACGAGCAUGUUCAGUAAUUUGAAUACCUGAAUUGUACAUUAAAAUUUUGCACAAUAAGCUUUUCACUAGUUAGACAUCUUGUGUUCCUGCUUCCACAUACAUUUUAAACUUGAGUGUGUCUAGACAGUUUAAUAGUUAAGUUUCAGCUUUUACAGUAUAGCAAUAUCCAGGAUGCUCAACCAACCCAUCAUUAAUUUUUAUACAUCUCUAAAAAAGUGUCUCUGCAAGCCAGACUUCAAUAAGUUUUCUUAAGGGAAAGAGACUCCACAGUAAGUGGGCAGAGAAGAGUGAAAAGAAUACUACAGAGGAUUAAUUAUGUAGCUAUUUAGAGAGAUGCAGCAGCUGAACGAGAACAGUCCUACUAUGAAAGUGUCUUUGCAUUUUCAUGUAAACCUUUUUCAUUCAGCAAAAUGUGCUGUUUAUGCUUAAUGAGCUCUCAUCAGAAAGAAAAUGAUCUGGAGAUAAAGAGAAGCAUAGUCUUCAUGUAUGAUUGCCUUCCAACUUUAGUGUGCCUAAGAUCUGUGUCCAGUGUCCUUCAGAUGAAAGACAAUAAAAACAGCAUUGAACUUGCUUUACUUUUAGCAAGAUUCCCAAUAUAAAUUCUACUUUUUGCAUGUUACAAUGGAUUAUGUGGACAUUUAGAAAUUAGAAGUUUUUUCUUCAUGGU